AUGUAUAUAAUGGUUCAGUGCACGGCCCAACUAAAUAAUGUUUCGACUUCGUUUGAAACGAUUAAGAAUAAAUUUAUAGGUCAGACUAAACAUAUCCAUAAUUUAUAUAAUACAACUUUACCUAAUAUAAAAAAUGCUUUCGAAGAGUUUAGUAGUUUUUUAAAAGAUACUAUAGAUCAUAUAAGUAGCCAUUCUAAAAAAGUAGAUGUCUCUAAUUAUUCAGGCGAUAAUAAAUCUGUAUCAGAUGACACAGGGGAUGGAACAUCAUCAUCUAAUGGAUCAACAACAUAUAAAAAACAUACACCGCAAACCUCAUCAGAAACGUCACAUAAUCACUACCAUCAAGUUAUAUGGAACAAACUAGCACACUGA